AUGCUGGCGAAAUUAUCGGAAGACCCAGACAAAUGGUUCAAAAUUUUGGAUAAAGUAGAGUUCGCGUUAAACAAUUCCGUUUGUCGGUCGACUGCCGAAACACCGAGUCGUUUGUUGUUUGGAAUGAACCAGUUAGGUCUCGUUAACGAUAAGUUACGAUUAGAAUUAGAUGCGAAUAUCAGCGUAGAGAGGGAUUUGUCUGCGUUUCGCGACGCUGCUUUCAGGAAGAUUGAAAAAUGUCAGCUCGAAAACGAAAGAUUGUACGACUGGAAGCGAAAACCAGCGAUAGAAUACCAGGUUGGAGAUAAUGUUGUAAUUUCAAAUCACGUUGUUGCGCCUGGUGUAAAUAGAAAGUUACUGCCGAAAUUCAAGGGACCAUACGUUGUGACGAAGGAAGUAGUACUUAUUAAAGGCACCGCUGCGUAUGAAGCAUGGAUAUCGCCUGUACAUCUAACAUAUGCCUGUUAUAUAUUUAAUGUUACUAAUCCUGACGAAGUCAUGCAAGGAGAAAAUCCGAAUCUGAUUGAAUAUGGGCCUAUUGUUUAUGAUGAAGUCAUGAAGAGGAAUAUACUAGAUAUUGAUGAAGAGGCGGACGAAAUUAAAUAUACAACAAAAGCGAUGUUCACUUUUAACAGACACAAAAGUGUGAAUGUAUCUUCUAGUGACAAAGUUACGAUGUUAAAUCCAGCAUACGUAGGAACUAUACUCAUGUUAUCGAGUUUACCUCCUAACUUUAUGCAAAAAUACGGCAACAGUAUACCAAAGCUUUUUCCAAAUCGUAGUAGUAUUUUCUUAAAAGCACGUCCUCAAGAUAUACUUUUUAAUGGAGUGAAAGUUUCGUGCAAUGAAAAAAAAUUUCCGGAAUUGAAUCUCAUAUGUAAGACGUUGAAAAGUAAACGACCGCCAGUAUUAAGGGAAGGUGCCAAGGAAGGAGUUUAUCUACUUAGUAUGUUUCAAAAGAUAAACAAUACUAUUCAUGGACCAUACACGGUUAACAGAGGUGUAAAAAAUAUAACGUUAUUGGGUGACACGACAUCUUACAUGGGUGAGAGAGUGCAACAGAUAUGGGGUUCUGAAAGUUGCAAUAGUGUAAGAGGAACCGAUACGAUUACAUGGCCACCAUUAGUAACACCAUUGCCUUUCGUGUCAACGUUUAUAGGGGACUUAUGCAGGAGCCUGCAAGCUGAUUAUGACAGUGAUAUUUCGAUACACGGUAUGACCGGAUCGAAAUUUGUAAUGAAGGAACGCGUUUGGUACCUAAACGAGUCGCAGUGUUACUGUCCUGUAGUGAACAAGAAAGUGGAAUGCUUGCCGCUAGGCUUGGUCGAUUUAUCAAAGUGUCAGGAAGCACCUGUAAUAUUUUCGGAACCGCACUUUUUGCACGGUGAUGUGGAACUUCUAACGUAUGCCCGUGGUUUAAAACCCGUCGAAAACCUUCAUUCGACGUACAUUGUCAUCGAACCACAUACCGGAGUCCCACUUUCGGGGGCAAAGAAAUCACAAUUAAACAUGAAACUGACUAAGCAACCAGUGGAUCUUCUCUCUAAUGUCAGCGAGGGAUAUUUCCCUCUCGUAUGGUGCGAAGAAGGAAGUACGCCAACAUUAAAGGUAGUGGGGUUAUCGUAUCAAACGAUGCGAUCGGUACGUCUCGCCAUGUUUCUGCAACGUUUGCCUUUAAUCGUUGGUAUUUACAUGGUCUCUGUCAGCUUAUUUCUAUGUAAGAAUACACGAUCCAAAGUGGAACCGACGCGUUCAAUGAUACGAUCAACACUAAUGUCGUCGGACCAGCAACCAUACAAUUAUUCGCACAGGCCACCACGAUGGCAUACAAACGCGUUCGAGAGAUUUCAACGCAUGUAGGUACCCUGAUUCGUAGAAUGGAAAACAUUCACAAACGAAAU